AUGGCGACCGCACCCAAGAAGUUCACCCUGAGGUCGUCGGACGGCGAGACCUUCGAGGUCGAGGAGGCGGUGGCAGUCGAGUCGCAGACUAUUAAGCACAUGAUCGAGGACGACUGCGCCGACAGCGAGAUCCCGCUCCCCAACGUCACCAGCGCGAUCCUGGCCAAGGUGAUCGAGUACUGCCGGAAGCACGUCGAGGCUGGCGCCGACAAGGAGAAGGACAAGCUCAUCACCUCCCCCGACGAGGCUCUCAAGACCUGGGACGCUGAUUUCGUCAAGGUCGACCAGAAUACCCUCUUCGACCUCAUCUUGGCUGCCAACUAUCUGAACAUCAAGAGCUUGCUGGAUUUGACCUGCCAGACUGUGGCGGACAUGAUCAAGGGGAAGACACCCGAGGAGAUUCGCAAGACGUUCAACAUCAAGAACGAUUUCACCCCGGAGGAGGAGGAAGAGGUCAGGAGGGAGAACCAGUGGGCGUUCGAGUAGACCACCACCUACCGAGAGAGACUUUGCCAUCCCACAUUAUCUACCUGUUUCCAUGUCUAUAUAUUAGGAGUGUCGAGAUAUAUAAGCUUAGAGGAAUUCAAGCAAAUCGUGUCUUUUGUCAUGCUCAGUGAAAGCUUAUGCCUUUUGUUAUUGGUGAUCAACAGAACCCAUUUCUCGGCUAUGAUAUGAUAUAAGUAGUACAUUUUGGAUCUUCCUUAUUGCAUUCAUCUGCCCGUUUCAUCUUUUCCAUUCUCCUGCAAAUUGCAGUGCAUACAUGUCGGGGAAUCUCAAAGGGGACGUUUUGAUUUGGCACUAAAUCAAAGCAAAACUACUAAAAGAAAAGUGUAUGUGGAUGGAAAGACACUCAAAUUUCACAUUGCA